GCGGCCUCAAGCACAGUAGCGCCAGUCGGACUGCACGAGACAGAGAGCGCCGCCAGCCUUCAGUUGGGAACGGACAGCAGCUGCGCAGUCACUGCAAAGAUAAACCUCACAUCUCCAACGGCACAAACCGGCGAUCCAUGGAAUUACCAUCAGUUAGUUCAUACAGUAUUUAGUUAAAAGAGCGUGAGAUACUACAUUAGUUUAGCCUGUUUUACAUCCAAGCCGAUGGUCGGAAACGCAGCAAAAAUUCUAUCAGAGGAGUCUAGGAGCCCGUUUUCAGCGACCGUCCUCACCGCGCCCCUUCGGUCGCUCGUCAUCCAGGAGGAAGAGAGGUAGUCUGUUUGAAGAGGCUCCAAGUCCGGAGGACGACAAAGGGAGGAGGAGACUGGGCUGAAGUUUGGGAAGAGCAAAUCUGAGAAGAAGCCAGCUUGACUACAGCAGACAGAGGAGAGGACUGGAGCAGGAGAGGAGGAAGAGAGGAGGAAGAGAGGAGGAAGAGAGGAGGAAGAGAGGGGGUAGAGAGGGCGGCGAGAGGAGGGUGCAAUAGCAAUGCUAGGUUGAGGGUCUGGUUGCUCAUAUUAAUUCUUUGAUGCUAGUCCUGCUGGUUGGAUGCUAGUCCUGCUGGUUGGAUGCUAGUCUUGCUGGUUGGAUGCUAGUCCUGCUGGUUGGAUGCGUCUUGCUGGUUGGAUGCUAGUCUUGCUGGUUGGAUGCUAGUCCUGCUGGUUGGAUGCUAGUCCUGCUGGUUGGAUGCUAGUCCUGGUGGUUGGAUGCUAGUCCUGGUGAGCCCCAGCAGGUCCCUGCUCCCUCAGAGAUGGCCUCCAACUUCAACGACAUCGUCAAGCAGGGCUACGUCCGCAUGCGUAGCCGCAAACUGGGGAUCUACAGACGCUGCUGGCUGGUCUUUAAGAAGUCGUCUAGUAAAGGACCUCGCAGACUGGAGAAAUACCCAGAUGAGAAAUCAGCCUACAUCAGAUCCUGUCCCAAGGUGACAGAGAUCAGCAAUGUGAAGAAUGUCACCCGGUUGCCACGGGACACCAAGCGUCAAGCGGUGGCAAUUGUCUUUACAGAUGACACUUCGCGAACCUUUACCUGUGAAUCAGAGCUCGAGGCAGAGGAGUGGUUCAAGACCCUGUCAAUCGAGUGCCUGGGGACCCGCCUUAAUGACAUCAGCAUGGGAGAACCAGAUCUGCUGGCCGCAGGGGUGCAGUGUGAGCAUACAGAGCGUUUCAAUGUGUUCCUCCUGCCCUGCCCCAACUUGGACAUCUAUGGGGAGUGCAUGAUGCAGAUCACCCAUGAGAACAUCUACCUGUGGGACAUCCACAACCCUCGCACCAAGCUGGUCACCUGGCCACUCUGCUCGCUGCGGAGAUACGGACGAGACGCCACACGCUUCACCUUCGAGGCGGGACGGAUGUGUGACAGUGGCGAGGGCCUGUAUACGUUCCAGACCAGAGAGGGGGAGCAGAUCUACCAGAGGGUUCAUUCUUCCACCCUGGCCAUCGCUGAGCAACACAAACGAGUCCUCAUGGAGAUGGAGAAGAACAGCCGACUGUUGUCGAAGGGUUCGGACCCAGGCUCGUACCCCUGCACGCCCACUGCCAUCCUGCCACGCAGCGCUUUCUGGCACCACAUCACUGGCACCCAGGGGGGCAUGGAGCCCAGCAACGGUGACCUGUACAGCAGCUCCCAGUCUGGCGCAGAAGCCGACCUGCUCUCCACCCGCCAUGCCACCCUGCCCCUGGCACACAGCCGCCACUCCCCUGCCCACUACCCCACCUACCCCGGUCAAUGAGGUGGGGGGUGGCACUUUCAUCUUACCCCCCCCAUGUCCCCUCAACCACCUCCCCUACUCUGCUCCCUGCGCUUCUUCCACUGGAUAGUCUCCUUAGAGCCACACCCUUUUAUCCAACCCCUCCAGCCUAUCAGGGUGGGAGAGUGAGUUGUGGGUCCGUAAAGGAACCAAUACGACACCUUUUAGAUCUUUGAAGCAAGUAGUGAAGGUUGAAGUUUUAGCUUCAGCGGAGUGGAGGGACGCUGCUUUCCAAAGAACUCAGACUCCCAUAACCCCCUCAGUGUGGAGGGCGAAGUAUAUUGUGCAAUCCAGCAGAUGGUUGUUGUAGUACUCUGCUGAGUGUAGUUACUCUGUGAGGUGACCCUUUAGAGGGGUACCUCUCUAUGUCUGUCUAUGCAUGGGCUUUGGAGAUGGACAAACUGCUGUAGUAUGACCAGAAGAUGGCGCUGUGAGCAACUCGAAACCUUAAACAAACUUUUCAAACAGGAGUUGCUUCCUGGUCCUCACUCUCCAUUUUAGACAGGCAUCUCCAUGGAUCUCUGUCACCUCUUAGAAAGCUUCAUCCCAGGAGCUCAGGACCGACUCUACAGCUCCUGCCAAGCUCCUGGUAGAUGUUUGGAGAAGGAUGGACAGACCUGUAUCUCCUGCUCUCCAGCCUCCAGCAUGAGAAUGAACAUGGCCGCAGCCUCUCGCUCCAACAGAACCUCAACCUGACACACACGUCUGUAGGACCUCCUCCUCCCCCUCCUCCCCCCCCCCCCUCCUCCUCCUCCUCCUCCCCCCCUCCCCCUCUUCCCCCUCCUCCCCCCCUCCUCCUCCCUCCUCCCUUCCCCCUCCCCUCCCCCUCUUCCCCCUCCUCCCCCUCCCCCUCCUCCUCCUCCUCCUCUUCCCUCUCUUUGUAACUGGCCUUAGGCACAUCAUUCAACUCAGUGUGAGAGUGAGUGUGUGUGAGUUGUGUGUGUGAGUAAGGGUUGGCAGGCUACCCUAACAGAGAGAGAGGGGGAGAUAGGGAGAGAAAGAGGGCAGGAUGUGUAUUUCCACAGAGAAAACAGAGAAACCGUUCUUCUCUUUCAUCUAUAUGUCGGUUCUAUCACCGGGGUUGGAGAUGUAACGACACACUUGCCUUCUGUUUCACCUCGCCUGAUAAUGACCACUGAAGUUGUUUGUGAGGAAGGACAGAGAAAGAAGGGUUGGAGAUGGAGGGAUAGAAAGACAGAAGAAGAAGGAGGCAGGACAGAGGGAUACUGUAGGAAGGGAGGGAGAGACAGAGUCAACAUGGCAAUGAUGAGGAGGGAGAAGGGAGAGAGGGAUGAGAGGAAGAAAGGAGUGCAAGAACCCUACACAGAGCCAUAUAGUAUGUCAAUCUUGUAGAUGUCCCGCCUAAAAACUUUUCAACAAGCCUGUGUUUUUGUUGCAAUUUAUUAUGGGAGACCAUUUGUUUGUUAAUCUGUUCCUGAUUGUGUUGAAUGUGGAAUUUUGUAUCCAUUUCCGCCUUGAAAGAGCACUUGGUUGUACACAGAUGUGACGUAAAAACCAACAGGACAGCAUGAUAAUGUUAGUGGCCUACAGUACCAAAUCAAACAAACUCCAACCUGCCUGUCUGUCUGUCUAUCUGUUUAUCUGCCUGUCUGUCCAUGUGUGUGUGUGUGUGUGUGUGUGUGUGUGUGUGUGUGUGUGUCUGUCUGUCUGUCUGUCUGCCUGGCUCGCUGUCUGCCUGCCUGUCUGUCUUUCUGAGAGGACAUUCCACUAUGCAUUUUGUUUAUUUAUUAUGUUCUAUUGUUUUCUAUUUGUUGAAGUUUCCACCCUGCCCUAAAGGCUGUAGGUAGGCAGGUAAAGACCCUGCUCACGCUUCAGUCACACUAGACUGUGGAUCUAGGAUCUAUACAGUAUACAGCACUGUGCAAAAGUCUUAAGGCACGGUAAAGAUGCUUUAUUUUCAUUUCAUUAUUAAUGAAAUGAAAACACGAAACAACAAAAAAUAAUCAAAAUAUUGCUAUUUUCUAUUUAAAACACUAAUGCAGAAAACAAAGAUGUUUGCACAGUACUGUAUCUAUGCUUACCUCGCUUCUUAGCCACAACGUCUGGAGUAAACACAUAAUAAUUCUAUAGAUGAUAGUAACAUUGAGCCUUCUGUAACAUCAUUAUGAGACAAGAAUAUUCAUUGGAUGCUUUAGAAGAACAUAUGUAUAUUUAGUGAUUUGACUGCUAUAAAAUAGGCAUUGCCACUGUUAAAAUUACUGUGGGUUGUAAAGUAUAUGGUUUUGGUGCCACCUAGUGGCAGAGGGUGUUACAUCAUCUUCGAUGUGCUUGGGACGAAUGUGCAUAAAAUUAUAUUAAUUCAACUAUGGUAUUGAUGGAGUGUUAAGAGACAUACUAAUGUUAAUUCUGGAAUUUGGGAAGACCUUUUCAACAGUGUAUAAUUUAUGCUAUGUUAACGUUAAGGGCUAAGCUUUCUGUUUAACAUGUUUUGUCUAUGUAUUUCCUGUGUGUGUGUGUGUGUGUGUAGAUGUGUGUUAAUGUACAUACACGUAACAUGAGUUGUUGCUGUCCCUCAUGGGGAGCUUGUAUAUACAGCUAUUUAUUUCACACCAUAGUCCCAUGGUCUCUGAGGUGUGUAUGUAUGUGUGUGUGUUCAUGUAAGUGUGUGUGUGUGAGAGAGAGAAAGUGUGAGAGUAUGUUUGUGGACUUGGAUAUUUGUACAUGUGAGUAUGUAUGUGUGUGUUCUCAUUCACAAGGGUUUUGAUGACAUGCUGUUUAUGAUAAUUUGGAAACAAGUGAUAAUUUGAAAUGCAUGCUGUUCACACAUGUUCCUAGCAUCUAUGUUCUUUACAGUACAGGGACAACAAAUAAACAUAUUCCUCUUCACUG